ACUGUUUCCAAAUCAGCGCCUUAAGAGACCGCUUUAUCUGUCUUGGAUAGAAGACUGGUGGCACGGCACGACCGAGGCGUAACAUUUUGAAAGGUUGUGUUCAGUGUAGAGCCAUAGAAAGCAGGGGUACGUGAAGUAGGUUUAAAGAAACAAACCGCGGUUUCUGAAGUGGAUUAUAUUAAAACUUAAAAGUUUUGUCUUCGAAAGAACCAUUGGAGUACACUGUGAGCGGCAAGAACCAUUCAACUCCGACUGCCCAUGCCAAGGCUCCAUGGCAUAAAGCCUGUCCUCAGAUACAGGUCCCUUGGGAGAACCGCCUAAGAGCUCACGACUCUAACGCCCCGCUGCUAAUUUCCACAGCCUGAGGGGAACCAGGAAGCAGCCGGCAGGAGCCAUGCCUGCCCUGGCCACCGGAGCCGGCCACGAGCCAGGUCUGUACGAGCUGCUGGCGGCUCUUCCCUCCCAGCUGCAGCCCCAUGUCAGCCGCCCUGAGGACAACAUCUUCCUCCAGGACAUGUUUGGGGAGAGAAGCCUCCACUCGCUGGUCAAGAUCCAUGAACAGCUGCAGCACUACGAAAAGAGCAAGCCCGUCCCUGUCCUUGACAGCGCUGCAGCUUUGGCCCAUGAAUUGUCUGAGGAGCUGGAAGGGAAAUCAGCCAACGGAGAAAUCAAAGAGCUUCUUAAACUCCUGGCCAAACCCCAUGUGAAGAGCCUUCUGUCGGUCCAUGACACUAUCGCCCAGAAGAGCUACGACCCUGAACUACCUCCGCUGCCUGAAGACAUUGACGACGAUGAGGAUUCUGUGAAAAUCAUAAGACUGGUCAAAAACAAGGAACCUCUUGGAGCAACGAUCAGGCGUGACGAUCACACAGGAGCCAUCCUCGUGGCCCGGAUCAUGAGAGGAGGCGCAGCCGACAGAAGUGGACUGAUUCACGUUGGGGAUGAACUGAAGGAGGUCAAUGGAAUCCCUGUGGAUGACAAGAAACCAGAGGAAAUCAUUCGUAUUCUGGCCCAGUCGCAAGGAGCCAUUACAUUUAAAGUCGUCCCAUGUGUCAAGGAGGAUGUGCCAACCAAGGAGCAAAAAGUAUUUGUGAAGGCGCUCUUUGACUACGAUCCUAAGGAGGACAAAGCCAUCCCAUGUAAAGAGGCUGGACUGGCCUUCAAGAAGGGCUCUAUCCUUCAGAUCAUGAGCCAAGAUGAUGCAACCUGGUGGCAGGCCAAACACGAGGGGGAAGCCAAUCCUCGUGCCGGCCUAAUCCCGUCCAAACAGUUCCAGGAGAGGAGAUUUGCACUGCGGCAACCUGUUGCGACGCUCCCGCCCCUGAAGACCUCUAGUCGACGAUCCUCCCGGGGUUUGGGUUUCGGGAGAAGUUUUCCUCUGAGCAAAGGACAAAAACCCCCAAAACAAGCCAUUCAGUGUAAAAAAGAGGAAAUUUACGAUUUGGCUGAUGGGGCCCCCCUUACGGGGGGCCCCUUUUUUCCCGCAGUUUUCUCCUCUCUCUCAGACACCAGUCGGGCCAAGAAGAACCAGGAGAGCGACGGAGUGGAGUACCACUUCAUCUCCAGACAUCUCUUUGAGACGGAUAUCCACAAUAACAAGUUCAUUGAGUAUGGCGAGUACAAAGGGAAUUACUACGGAACAAGUCUAGACUCAAUACGCUCCGUCCUCGCCAAGAACAAAGUGUGCUUAUUGGAUGUCCAGCCUCAUACCCUAAAGCACUUGCGGACGGCAGAGUUUAAACCCUUUAUAGUGUUGGUGAAGCCUCCUACAAUCGAGAGGUUGAGGGAGACCAGACAGAACGGCAAAAUCCUAUCUGGCAAGGACGACAAGGGUUCUGCCAAGUCAUUCAUGGAGGAGGACUUUGAGGAGAUGGUGACCACUGCCCAGAUGCUGGAGACUCAACAUGGCCACCUGUUUGAGAAGAUCAUAGUCAACGACGACCUAUCGGUAGCCUUCAGCGAGCUGCGGUCGGCACUAAAGAAAGUGGAGACGGAGACUCACUGGGUUCCAGUCAGCUGGACUCACUCCUGAGAUCCACACAGACUGUAAAAGGAGAAAAGGGACAGGCUUUGACAAAGAUAUGCAGGUUUUUAAUCUUUUUUAUGUCUGCAGUGGCUCAUGUUGGGGGUCAGGGGGGGAUAAAACAAGACAGCGCCAGACUGCUGUGUCGCCAUACCUGAGCUGCACAAGGCUAAAAAAUAGGCUUUUGCCAGGGAUCAGGGUUGGAUUUAGAGCUCAGAUGUGGUCUGGAUGUGAAUCCACAGGUCUGACCAGAUUUGACAGGGCUGAGGGGGAGGGCGUCCAGAAUAUGGGCCUUGGACAUUGAUCUGGGUCUCACAACUACAGCCAUGAGUUGGAGCUCCUUGGUCCAAAACCCGAAUGUGGAACGAGUCUGGACCAUCACUGCACCAGCAGUCCUGCCAGGACAUCAUCAGUCGCCAGGCCAACCAGGAAUCCGUCUUUAGUGUGUUUAUAACAUUAGACUAUUAGAAACCAAAGGGUUGACAUAUUUCUUGUUAGUGAACAACUCACAUGCAUAUGUCUGUAAAAGAACACAACCUCUGAGCAGGAAAAAAAGGAGAGAAAAGAAAACCUAUUUGCCUUCUGUCUUAACUAUAUUUCUGUGCUUCUAUAAUGCUUCCAUGACUGUUACUCCAAACAAACCAUCGUCAGGUACACUC